CGACAAGUUGACAACAGCGCUGCAUUUGCAACUCCGAUCGGGGCGUAGCAGCCUUUACCAGCGUGACGCUCGACAGCAACAUUCACUAGGCCGCAAGGUCUCAAAGUUGCACGGCCGAGCCAUUGGACGACGGGAGAAGGCUCAAACGGUCUUUUUUUUCCUUCCAAAAAGAUUCUUUGGGAAACCGCAUGUGGGCGCCAACCCCCGAAGCGCGCGAUCCUGAUGCCUACGGCCGCUGGGGCUCGGGCCCUGCUGUCGGCGCAGACUCCCUCUAGAGCACGCCGACUGCCCCGCGUCGCCGCCAUCACCCCGGCUGCCGCCCGCACCGCCCUCAGCACCCUCCCCCAUCAUCGCUGUGCGCCCUGCCGCCCGAGCGAGCCCGCGGUGCCUGGCCGCGGUUUCCACACAUCGUCCUCGCUCCACGCCGCCCGCCCCGACGAACCCCCACCAAACCCCGAAGGCCCUCCUCCUCCUCCUCCUUCUCCUCCACCAUCAUCGGCCGAUUCGAACAAGGACAAUGGCGCUCCUCUGCCGGGGAACGGUCAGCCGGCCGAGGCGUCCGGGAAAUCCGAGGCCGACCCCGCUGCCGCCGAUGCCGAUGCCAACGCCAACGCGAACGCCAACGCCAAACGCGAGAAGCUGAAGAGCGCCGGCUACGGCUCCGCCCGCGCCCGCGCCAACCGUAAUAACCGCGUCGAGGAGCCCCCCGCCCUCGAGCUGCCCCGCUGGUUCGAGGUCAACCAGAUCUCGCUGUACGAACGACGGCCCAUCGGUGUUGCGGGCACGCUGCUGCCCCGGCUGGGAGAGGGCGACCGGGAACAAAUGCUGACGCUCAUGGAAACGCUGCUGGACAAGGCGGCCUUGUCGGACGAGGAGGUCGAGACGCUCAAGGACAGGCUGCGUCGCUUUGCGAACAGGCAGGACCGGGACGAUCUGAUUCUCACCUCGCUGAAGACGCGGGCUCGACGCAUCCACCAGGGAGCCUUCUGGCAAGCCCUGCUGCUCCUCUACCAUCCCCUGGCCGACCCUGCCCACGUCGAGAGGCUGCGCCAGCAUCAUGCGGCAACCAUCGAUCGGCGGCAGCUGUGGUGGCCCCUACCCGACUCCCUCAUGUCGGACGAGCUGAAGCGCUGGCUCUCCAAUCUCCGGUCCGACGCCGGGCCCGGCCGCGGCUUUCACCUGAGCCCGCUGGCCAAGCGGCCCGAUCCCGAGUAUCCCAUCUGCAUGGAGCUCCUCGCCGCCGUGGACUCCCAGCUGGCCAUGCCGCCCACCCCCAGCCGCCAAGACGCUCGCCGGCCCCCCAUCGUGCUGUCCAUGCUCAAGGGCAAGGGGCCAACUCUCGCCGAGUCCGUCGUCAACGACAUUGCCACGGACCUCCAGGCCGACGUCAUCCACCUGAACGCCCACCACAUCGCGCGCAUCGUGGGGAGACACGUCGGCCAAAACCCCUACUCGGCCCGCGGCGCCCUCUCCAUGCUCGGCUACGCCGCCGCCGAGAUGAAUGGCAGGCUCGCGGCGCGGCCCAACCCCGACGCGGACCAGCUCGGUCUCGUCGCCGUCGAGCUGCCCUCCCGGCUGCGCUCGUUCCUGUCCCCGAGGGAGACCACGGCCCAGGGCCUGUUCGACGGCCGCUGGGAGGAUAUGAAGGUCAACGCCGCGCUCGAGGCCAUCGUUGCCGCCGUCGACCGCGAGCGGGAACGCGCCCGGCUCUCCGCCGCCGCCGCCGCCGCUCCCGCUCUCGACAAGGGCGGAUCGGCGGACGCGGACGCGGACCCGAACGCGAACGCGAACGCGAAACUGCCGUCGGCCCGGAAGCUCAUCAUACAUCUGCACGACUACGUCGAGCUCAGCUCGCUGUAUCCCUCCAUCAUCCACAAGCUCCGCGCCAUCGCGGACCGGAUGUGGAGGGCGGGGCGCGGAGUCGUCCUCGUGGGUUCCUCGUCCGGCGACAUGGACAGGUCGCUGCAGUGGCGGGACCAGGUCAUCGAGCUCGGCCGGGACGGCGCCCACGUCAUCCCGUUUCACGCCGACUCGGUCAAGGAUUACUCGCUCUUCGAGGACUGGGACAACGUCCUGGAGAACCUCUUCAAUAUCAAGGAGAUGCUCCGCGCCGUGGUCGGAGACCAGGUCCCCAUCACCUUCAUCACCGAGUUCAUGGACGCCAGCGGGACCAUACUAUCCGAGGAGAGCCACAAAACCAUCUUCAAGUUGCUGGCCAGCCACGUUCACGACGCCCAAUGGGUGCAGCGUGUCGUCUCUCUGAUGGGCGGCGGCCGGACGGGGUCCCGCGAGGGCUAUGGCGUGCUUACGCUCAACUACGCCCUCAAGUUCAUGCUUGACCGCAACAAGCAGUGGGAGCAGAUCAACCCCAGUGUUCGGCCCCCUUACUACUCCCCGCUUCACACCCCGCGAAGCGGAUCCUCCUCCUCCUCCUCCUCCUCCUCCUUCCCCUACUCGUCUUCCUCUGCAGACGACCCGGCCGCCUUCAGCAACCUCUCUGGCGCGGCGGCCUCCAAAGAGUACAACAACGACGAGAAGAAGCUCCUCUCCGGCCUCAUCAACGCCAAGGACAUCCACACCACCUUUGACCAGAUCAUCGUCCCGCAAGAGACCAAGGAGUCCCUCAUGGGCCUCACCACCCUCUCCCUCGUCCGGCCGGAGGCCUUCUCCUACGGCGUGCUCAAGACGGAACACAUCUCGGGCUGCCUCCUCUACGGCCCGCCGGGGACCGGCAAGACGCUCCUGGCCAAGGCGGUCGCCAAGGAGUCGGGCGCCAACAUGCUCGAGGUCUCGGCGGCCGACAUCAACGACAAGUGGGUCGGGCAGAGCGAGAAGAACGUGCAGGCGCUCUUCUCGCUGGCCCGCAAGCUGGCGCCGUGCGUCAUCUUCCUGGACGAGGCCGACGCGCUGCUGGCCGCGCGCCGCUCCGGCCCCGCCCGCGCCGCCUACCGCGAGACCAUCACGCAGUUCCUGCGCGAGUGGGACGGCCUGACGGGGUCGCGCGCCUUCAUCAUGGUCGCCACCAACCGGCCCUUCGACCUCGACGAGGCCGUCCUCCGCCGCCUGCCCCGCAAGAUCCUCGUCGACCUGCCCCUGGCCGCCGAGCGCGAGGCCAUCCUGCGCGUCGUCCUGCGCGACGAGGUCCUCGCGCCCGACGUCGACCUCGCCCGCCUCGCCGCCGAGACGGAGCUCUACUCGGGCUCCGACCUCAAGAACCUCUGCGUCUCGGCCGCCAUGGAGGCCGUCCGCGAGGAGGUGCGCGCCAAGGAGGCCUGGUCCGGCGAGGGCGAGUACCGCUUCCCCGACCGCCGCGUCCUCACCCGCGCCCACUUCGACAAGGGCCUGCGCGAGAUCAGCGCCAGCAUCAGCGGCGACAUGCAGACCCUCAAGGCCAUCCGCAAGUUCGACGAGCAGUACGGCGACGCCGGCCGCAAGAGGCGCGUCCGCAAGGGCCUCGGCUUCGACGUCGUCCCCGACGACGGCAAGGGCCUCACCGGGGAGGCCAGGGUCAGGCAGGUCGAGGCUGCUUGAGAAAAAGAGAGAGGGGGGGAGAGGGAGAGAGAAAGACUACCGAACAAACAAACA